AUGGCAUAUAGAGCGAGCGUCCCCGGCCUCAACAAUUCUCUGAAUGAAGAAGACCUAGAGCAAAGCCGAAAUAUAUUCAGUUUCCGUUAUAACGGGCUCCCGGACGAUUCAAGACAACCCGAAAUCUUCGAGGCACACAUACGUGAUCUUGCCGCACUCUUCGUUCGAAAUCACGCUCAGGGAAUCUUUGGAAUCCACUUAGCUCAUGCCCACUUCGCCAUCCCUAAGAACACUAUCUUACUCGGAGCCAACCACGAUAUACCUCGCUGCCGCUGGGAAAAGGUCGCUAAGGCCCUACUUCAAGCCAUCGACUCAUACUUCUUGCAAAUGUUAGAGCUCGUCCUCCCUCACGGAGCCAUCAUGCAAAUUGGUUGGAAGUUUGAGACGCAGCACGGCGAGCCACGCGUAUAUCAGGCCAAUGAGUCGCACGGUCAGACGCGUAUAGGGCAUGAGAUUUGUAAUAAAGGGGAAGCUCAUCCAAAGCUAGAGACUUUUCAGCACCUCAAGUAUGCACUUGCAGAGGCUGGCAUUCUAUAG